AUGUACAAUUUCUUUAAGUUUGAAGAUGAAAGAAAUGACAAACUGAAGGAAAUGAGAGUCCAGAAGAAGCUGAAAAAAGUGCAUUCACAAUAGAGACUAAAAAGGGACGAACUAGUCACACAUUAUAAUCACAGAAUCUAAAGGUUUAUCGUAGAAGUAAUUAUUUGUGAAUUCACAGUUAUUCUAAUUUUACAGAUGCUUGAUAAGCCUAUUGUUGUUAAGGAUUUUUCACCAGCUGCAAAGGAUUUCUCUCAUCGAGAAUAAGGUUCUGAUUAAAAGAUGCUCGGACCCUAAAGAGAAAAUGUCAAAGAAAAUCAGUAACUCUACGGUGACAAAUUGGCAGAGAAAUAUGUAGAUAGAUGUAAAUUACUCAACCUUAGAGAAAGACAAAAGGAUAAAGAAAUAGUCAAGGAAUUUAAAUUCUAACCAAAGACGAGUCUUGAUAGAGUUAAAGAGACACUUCUGAAAAAUCAAUUUUACCUAUAACUAGACAAUAAUCAACCAAUCAUAAGAAGAGAUACUGCAAAUGAAAGAGGAAUAGGUUCAGGUGGGGCAAGUGCAAGACUAAUGAGCCAGGCAUAAAAAAGUAAUUUGCUUCUAAAGAUGGAAACUUUGAGUUCGGAUGGAGGUAAAUCCUCGACUCCAACUAGCUCUAAAGGGAGAAGUCAGCAUGAAUCUGUGGCUUAUUAUGGAAGUAGUAAAACAAGUAGAAAUUACCUAUUUAGACAAAAAAUAAAGUAAAUUGACAAUAACAAGUUGAAGGACCUUGGGAAUGAUCAUUCAAUAGAUUAGGUGAAUACUAGCAAAUAGAAAGAUAAAAAGAAAGGAGAUCAUAUAAGUAGCUUUAUAUUUGAUAAUGAGAUUUCUCCCAAGGAUCUUAGACCUGAUCUUCAUGUCAAAUCGCAUUUCAAAGGGACAUAAAUGCUCACUAUAAAACCUUAGGUUAGCAAGGAAUAUUUAAGCUCAUAGUAUGGACAUUUUAGCAGAGAAACUAAUGGUCAUAGUUCAAUGAGCUAGUUUUUGAUCCCAGCAUUCACAAAAGGAUGUAAAACAACAAGAGAGAACACUUAAUCUGAUUUUUACAAUUAAUCACUGAAAACAACUUAAAAGGAGAAAGAAAAGCUGAACUCACUUUAAGUUCUUUCAAGUAAGGCUAUGAAUCCUCUGAGAUUAGAUAAUAAAUCUACUCAUGUCUAAAGUACAAACUUUAUUUAAUAAGAAGUAAUCAAAAGUAGUAGCAAUAAACCUCUGGAAAACAUCUAAUUGUCUUUAAUCAGACCAAACUUGCAAAUGAUGAACAAAGGAUCACUUCCAUCCAGUCUAUCAGUCCAAUUUGCUGAUAUUAUUACAAAGAAUGAUAAGAAAAUCACUUUCUAAGCUUCUAGUCAAGGAGACAAGUCAAUGAAGAUACCGUUAAGCAUUGGAGGAACUCCAGGUAUUCAUGGGGUGACUACUAGAGAGGAAAAGGAAUUCGCUGUGAAAAGUAAUGGUUAGGGGAAAUAUGCUCAUGAGGUGUUGCUUAUGUGCAACAUGGCCAAGGAAAGAGAUCCCAGAAGUAUCAAAUCAAUGGGAUCCAUGACAAUGACUCUAAAAUAGACUCCUGAAUAUCUAAAAAAGGGAGAUGGCAAGAUGUCAAGUAAUAUUGAUUAGAACAACUUAGAAAUAUAUGAAAGAAUCAAAAGAGACUUCUUUACUCAAAGAAAUAAACAUUGA